GUGUCAUUAGCUCAUACAACGAUCGACCGACGUUAGCCACUGGCAACGACAAUGAAAACGACAACCAGAACCACAUUCACAGUGCGUAGAACGAUGACCGGAAAAUUCUCGAUGGCCACCUCCAUUCUGCUGCUGUGCGCCGCCCUGCUUCUGACAAAGUCCUGCGGCAUCCUGGCACUCAGCGGCGAUGGCAACAAUCAGCUGGUCCAGGCCGAGCCCUGGAACGAAGCCUUGACCACGACCACAACCGAGGGCAGCGGCUGGGAGACAACCACCCCCCUCCCGACGGAGGAGACCACACAGGCACCCAUCGAGGUGGAAUCCACAACACCUGAACAGGAGGGAACCACGCCAGAGGCGGAGACAACCACCGGAGCUGAGCAGGAGACAUCCGCACCAGCUGAAGAAACCACCACAGGAGCACCCCUACAACCAGAGAGCACCACAGGAGCUUCUCUAGAGCCAGAGACCACCACAGGAGCUCCUCUAGUGCCAGAGAGCACCACCGGAGCACCCCUUCAGCCAGAGAGCACCACCGGAGCACCCCUUCAGCCAGAGAGCACCACCGGAGCACCCCUUCAGCCAGAGAGCACCACCGGAGCACCCCUUCAGCCGGAGAGCACCACCGGAGCUCCCCUUCAGCCGGAGAGCACCACCUCGCAGGCUUCCAACCAGCCCGAAAGCACCACCUCGCAGGCUGGUGCCGGCGGAGAGCCAACGGCAACCACCACUUUGACUCCUGCGCCCACGCCGCCCGUCUUCGAGUGCCAGUCGGCAGGACUCUUUCCGCAUAUCGGCGGCGACUGCAGGCGUUACCACAACUGCCUAUGGAACCCGUUGCUACGCCUGCUGCAAGAGCAGGAGAGGGUGUGCCCCCCGCUGACGGCCUUCUCGCCCCAGCUGGGCCGCUGUGUGCGCGAUGUGUCCGUGUGCAAGGACGACGAGUUUGAGUGUCUGGCUGUGGGACGCUACGCUGGUCACGACGACACCUACUACUACAGCUGCAUGGCCAGCCUGCAGGGCGGACUCCACAAGUUCAUUGUGCGCUGCUCCAGUGGCCAGAGAUUCGAGCCAUUGAUUAGGGGCUGCUGGCGGUACGACUGGACCCAGAUUGUGCCCGGACAGGAAUCGCUGGAGUUGAGCGAUUUGGCGGCCAUCAAGCGGGAGCUGAAGCUGUACAAGGCGGAGGAAAAGCUGCGUCUGAAGGCCCUCAAGGAGCAGGAGAAGCAGGCCCGCAAACAGCAGAAGCUCGAGGAGCAGGCGGCCAAGAAGGCAGCCAAGGAGCUGGCCAAGCAGCAGGCCAAGGCCGAAAAGGAGGCGGCCAAGGCAGCCAAGGAGCAGGCCAAGGCCGAUAAGGAGGCCAGCAAGGGUCAGUCCAACGAGAGCAACGAAUCCGACGAGUAGCCCCAACGCCUUUGCCGAUUGAGAGUUGAGCCUCCCUCCUCCCGAGAGCGAGAGCUCCUCUAGCACUUCCUUGGUCCAUUGCCCUCGUCUAUAAGAUCUUCUCCUAAUUAUUGAUUUUUUUUUUUUGUUUUGUAAUGUAUGGUAUUAAUAAAGAUCUGGAAACUAG